AUGGUCAUCUGGGUUGGGCCCAACCCGACAGAGCACCUUUGGGAUGAAUUAGAGCGAAGACUGCGAGCCAGGCCUUCUCGUCCAACAUCAGUGUCUGACCUCACAAAUGCGCUUCUGGAAGAAUGGUCAAAAACUCCCAUAAACACACUCCUAAACCUUGUGGAAAGCCUUCCCAGAAGAGUUGAAGCUGUUAUAGCUGCAAAGGGUGUGUCAAGUCAGCCACUCUCAGAGUCAAAAUAUUAUACUGACAAUGAGAACCAUCCAGCAGUGCCAGCAGGCCACGCAACGUCAUGUGGGGAUAGUGAUGUGGCAGCCCUUGUUGCCCCACCUGGACCUCAUGAUAUUUCACAGUCAAAAGCAGCAGGUCCCACUCAACCUCGUUUAAAGAUUUUUCCAAAAACCAUCCAAGAUUCAAUAGAUGAUUGCGAAUGCAGGAUUGUUCUGCUGGGUAAAACUGGAGUUGGAAAGAGUACAACAGGAAACACCAUCUUAAGAAGAAAAGCAUUUAAAGCAGAAUCAUCUCAAGAGUCAAUUACUAAAGAGUGUCAGAGAGAAACAGCUGAAAUCAACGGCAGAAACAUUACUGUGAUUGACACUCCAGGACUGUUUGAUACUAAACUCAGUAAUGAAGAGAUCCAGAGGGAAAUCACUAACUGCAUCUCAAUGAUACUGCCAGGACCACAUGUGUUCCUCUUACUGAUACCAGUGGGACGAUUCACUCAAGAGGAGGAAAGAUCAGUGAAGAUAAUACAAGAGACUUUUGGUGAACAGUCUUCAAUGUACACCAUUGUGCUCUUCACCAGAGGAGAUGAUCUGGAGAAUAAAACUAUUAAAGAGUACCUGGGAAGAUCUGGAUCUGCUUUGAUGAAUCUCAUUGAUCGGUGUGGAAACAGAUACCAUGUGUUCAAUAAUAAGACUGGAGACCGCACACAGGUUUCUGAUCUACUGAAGAAAAUAGACGACAUGGUGAGAGCAAACGGAGACAGUUACUACUCAUGUAAGGUGUUCAGACAGAUGGAGAGAGCUCUACAAGAAAAAGAAAAGAAGGAACUGAAGGAUAGAGUGACACAACUGAUCAGAGAGAAGGAAGAUCUUCAGUCCAAAUAUAAAGAAGAGAUAGAGAGAAUGAAGAUGAUGAUGGUGGAAGAGAGAAAGAAAAGAGGAGGAAUUUAAAACAGAGAUGAAGAGAGAACGAGAGGAAUGGAAGAGACAGAUUCAAGAGGAAAGACAGAGAAGAGAAGAAGAGAAAGAAAGAAUAAGAGAUGUGGAAUGAAUAUAAUAAGAGACUUCAACAAGAGAGUGAGAGAAUGAAGAUGAUGAUGGAGGUAGAGAAACAGAAUUGAGACAGAGAGAUAAAGAAAAGAGAAGAGGAAUUUAGAAGAAGAGAAGAGUAUGAGAGGAGAAAGAAAGUACAAGAAAUGUGGGAUGAAUAUCAGAAACAUAAACGAGAGAAAGAGAGAAUGGAGAGAGAGAAAGAAGAUCUUUUGCACAAACAACAAAUAGAGAAAGAGAGAAUGAAGAUGAAGAUAGAGGAAGAAAGAAAGAAUCGUGACAAAGAAAAGAUGAGAAGAGAAGAGGGGUUUAGAGAGAGAGAAGGACAAUAUAAAAAAGACAUUGAAGAAAUAGAGGAACUUAAGAGAGAGAUAAGAGAGGAUAUGAAGAGAGAACGAGAGGAAUGGGAGAGACAGAAAAAAAAGGGAAAAAAGAGGAGAAGAAGAGAAAGAAAAAAACAAAUCCAAUGAAAUUUAUGAGAGAAAACCAAGUCCAGAGGGUAAGCACACAAACAAAAUGAUGACUAGCUCAUUUUGAAAUUAAUCUGCAAAUAAUAAUAAUAAUAAUAAUUGGGUGGGUGUAAGCAAUAACCUGUUUAUAUUUUAUUCUGUAUAUUGUGUUUUCAGCACUGUAUGAGGUAUAUUGUUGUGGUAAUAUCGCUCUGAUCCCACAUUUAGAGGGGAAUUCACUAAGAAUAAACUGCACCUUAUAAUUGCGUCA